AUGAUGGGAGAUAAUAUUGUACCCUUGAAAUAUAAUGUUAUGCAUGCCAGUUAUGGAUUUCUAGAUGAUUUUUCUUAUUGGGAGGAAAUCAUGCAGAUGAAAGAGAAUGACAAUUAUGGAAGUUACUAUAAUGCGUAUUGCUCUUCUAUUGAUUAUGUAUUUAAAGGCGAAAAUAAAACUGAAUUUAUAAAAGAAAUAUGCCCCAAAUCUUUUUCAUGUUUUUAUGAUAUGCUUAUUUCGAAAAAAAAUACCAAUUAUAGAGAAGCAGGAUGCAGAUAUUUUCCUUAUUGGUUGUACUAUAUUCUGAAAAAACACAAUUGCAGUAACGAUACAGUACAGAUUUACAAAACAUUGAUGAACACAUAUCUCAGAUAUUUGCCUUCGGCAAGUACAUUUUGUACUGAAUAUGCGAAUAAAUUAACCAACGAACAAUUGGAGGAUCUUAUAUCUAUAUAUAAUACCUAUAAAUGCAUUAAAAAAACAGAAACAAAUUAUAUACCUCAGAAUAACAAUGAAUAUUGCAUUACAUUAAAAAAAAUUAUAGAUAAAUACCAAGAAUCAAUAAUAGAAGAAGAUCAUGACAUGGCUCAAUCGCGAAAAUCAUCAAUUGAAGGAAAUAUUAUACAAGAAAUAGCAUGCUCUUGUCGAUCCAAUAUUAUAAAUACUAUUGCAACUACAAUAAUUUUAACCUCACUAAUAUUAUUUUUUUUGUUACUUGUGUUUAAGUAUACUUCAUAUGGUCCAUUAUUACGCCAUGGAAUAAAAAGUAUAAGAAAAAAGCUGUACAAUAUAUUUAAUACACGGAAUAUACCGAAACGAACCGAAGUACCCAUAAAUAUUCUCAAUAGUGGGAUCUAUGAUAUGAUGUACAAUCAAUUCUAA